AUUGUUUUCUUGGCUUCAUAAAACAUGUAAUUUAAAGGAAAAUAGUUUACCACCGAUAUUAGAAAACAUACAUGCGGAUAUUUGUUUUAAAAUAAUUUUUUAAACCGUUUUUUAAAAAUAAAAAUAAUGGCCACCUGCAUUAUUUUGACAGUUCUCAAAUGUUUUUAAAAAUGGAUGUUCUUAUUUUUUGAAUUUCAUAUAAAAAAGACAUUGUAAAUAUGUUGUUAUUAUUUUAAAACAAUUAUUCAUACAGACAAGAACAUAUUUUUUGUGUUGGGAGUGAUUAAAAAAAUAUUUCUUUGGGCCUAAAAAUGGCAGAGAAAAAUCCGAACCAACUGGAUAUAAAUGGUCCUAAUUUUAAUCCAAACAUGUAUCUAGACAAAAUAUUCAAGGAAUGUACGUUAAGACAAAUAAUGGAUCACGAAAACGAGAUCGUCAAAGAUACACAAACGCUGCAUUCCGAUAUGCAAACCUUAGUAUACGAAAACUAUAACAAAUUUAUAUCGGCCACAGACACAAUAAGAAAAAUGAAAAACGACUUCAAAAAAAUGGAAGAUGAAAUGGACCUGCUCGCGUCAAACAUGGAAUCGAUCACUUCAUUUUCGGAUAAAAUCAACAGUAAUUUGCAAGAAUCUAGAGACAAGAUAAGUCAUUUGUCCGGUGUUCAUAAUUUACUACAAAGAUUACAGUUUUUGUUUAAGCUUCCUGCUACACUAAAAGGGAGAAUGGAGGAAAAGAACUAUAUUCAAGCAACACAAGACUAUCUCCAUGCACAAAGAGUCCUACAACAAUACGGAGACCUACCAGCCUUUCAAGGAAUAAAAAGCGAUUGUGUGUCAAUUUUAGAGGAACUGAAAGAUGAACUAAGGAAGCAAUUCAGUAACCCAAGCGCUUCAACCAGAGAAUUGAUGGAAUCAGUUGAUUUACUACUUCAAUUAGAAGAGCCAGCUAAAGAAUUAUGUUUAGAAUUUUUGUCUUCGGCUGAGAAACGACUCAGUGAACAACUAGUCAUAUUAAAGGAUCAAAGUGAACAGAGAGACAUUGUUGAAUUUGUUGAUUUAGGAUGUUCUGGGUUCCUCAGUGAUUUGUGUUUGAUUAUUGCCUCAUUCAAUGAUAUGUUUAUAAGUAGAAUAAAUACAGAUAACAUAGAAAAUAGUGAGAUUUUUGAAAAUUUUGCUGCAGUAGAGCUAGAAAACUUUGUAAAAGAUAACAUGCAGAAAUAUUUUGAUUUAGUACAAGGCAAGGUGGAUUUAGAACAAGAUAUUGCAGACACCAAUACACUGGUACAAGCUUUAGAUCGUUUCUAUAUGAGAAUUGAAGGAAACAAAUUCUCAAAGGAUAUUAAUUUCACUGUGAUGGCCACCGACAUCAUUAACAAUGCUGGCAGAAAACAGUGUAAAGCACAUUUAUCCAUCUUGAAACAGGCCUUUGCCGAUACUUUAACCAAGGUAAGACAAGCCUUGACUACACCCAAAUUAAUUAGUCAAGAUGACUCGUCUAAAAAUCUCACUGAACUUCUAAAUUCCAUGAUUGUAACAGUGGUAGAGAAAACAAAGGGUGUAUUACAAGAUCUUGUUGCUUUUGUAAGUCCAGAGAUAUGUUUUGCUAAAAAGACUCAGUUCAAGGAAAGUUUUUGCAUUGAUAAUGUUCGAGAAGGUCUAGUGGUAUGUUUCCUGCACCAUCUUACAGCAUCUAUUCAGAAUAUCUGUUCUGACGGGGUCCUGGAUUUAAAAGCACCCCCUACACUUAUUCUGCUCCUAUCAAAAUUUUGUUUGGACUUCCGUAAUGCCAGUGUGCACUUUCUUCUUUCAGAAACCGAUGAAGUGUUUCAUAUUAACCAUAAAAGAAAUGGCAAUGCCUUGACUAAUGAGUCAGAAAUCAGUAAUACCAUGCAAGAAACUGCACAGUAUUUAUUAAAUUACUACGUUAGACUCCAGGGGUACAAUUGUUCACAGAUGUUGAGAAAAAGUGUGGAGACUAGAGACUGGUUGCAUACCAUCGAGCCUAGGACUGUUAGGGCUGUUAUGAAGCGAGUGGUUGAAGAUAUUUCAGCUAUAGAUGCUACAGUUGCGCUGCUCUACGAGGAUCAAGGCACUGCAACAGGAAAUAGCAGCGAUUCAAGUAGAAAAACUCACAGUAUUUCUGUGUCCAGGCACCAGUAUCGUUCAAAUUGGUCCAGUUAUACACCAAGCCACUUAGAUUCGACUCUAGUUUCAAACAUGCACAAGCUAUUCAGCGAGAGAAUUGAAGUGUUUUCACCAGUUGAAUUCUCAAAAGUAUCAAUACUAACUGGCAUAAUAAAAAUAAGUUUAAAGACUUUUAUAGAGUGUGUUAGGUUGAAGACGUUUAGUAAAUAUGGACUGCAGCAAAUUCAAGUCGAUACGCAUUAUUUACAGUUGUAUUUGUGGCGGUUUGUUGCAGAUGAAAAUCUGGUACACUUUUUGCUGGAUGAAAUGUUGGGUUCUGCCGUGCAUCGAUGUCUGGAGCCUGUUUUGAUGGAACCUAGUGUUGUAGAUAUAAUCUGUGAGAGAGGCUGAAAAACUAUUGUUACAUGUAUGUUUGUUAUUAUUAAAUGUUUUUUAAUUGUUAAGUUCUGUUAAAUGUUUAUUUAUUAUAAAUGCUUUAUUUUAUGUAGAAUCUUGUAUACUAGAUAUAGGUCUUUGUAUAAGUCAACCUACUGUAUUAGUUAUUUGUACUGGAUGUUAAUAUAAAAUUAUAGAGCAA